GAUGUGCAGGGAGCUGAGUGUCCUGAAACGGAAGAAAGCACCUACUUUCACUCACACUGCCAUCCUCUGGACUCGUUUUUAUAUUUUUUUAUCUUUUCUAAGCUGACCAUAUUUUGGUUUUUAACUCUUACUUUUAGUGUAGUUAAUUCCGCGAACGUCACUUUUUUAUUUCCUCUGUUUGCCGCUCUGUAGUGAAGUGGAAGCUGAGUCUCAUCAGCUGCGACAACAAAUGUGAAUGUGAGGCUGCUCCCCUGCUCAACAUGAACGGCUGAGUCACCAACUUUAGCACCUAACAGAUUAUUUGCCAUGCUACAUGGGAAUGCUUUAAACUCUUGCCUGGUCGUCUUCCUCCUACUCUUCAUUGUUGUCACUGGCAAUGCUCACUCCUACCCCCGGUUUUCACGGAGUGACACAGAGUUCCAGCACCUGGUGCUGCACCCGAACCCUGGAGUGGGGACGGUGUACCUGGGAGCCAGGAAUCACCUCUUCCAGCUGGAUGGAUCAGACGGACUCUUGCUGGAGCAAGAGGAGACCACUGGUCCCGUGAUCGACAGUAAAGACUGCCUUCCUCCUGUCACAGAAAGCAACUGCCCCCAUGCUGAAAGUACCGACAACCACAACAAGCUGCUCCUGGUUGACCCAAAGGCAUCGGAGCUGAUCACCUGUGGCAGCGUCCAUCAGGGGACAUGCCAAAAGCGAAGCUUGGCGUCCAUCAAGGAAGUUCUCUUCUCCACUGAUAAGCCCGUGGACACGCAGUAUGUCGCAGCUAAUGAUCCACUGGUGUCAACCAUUGGGUUGGUGGUCCCAAUUCCUGGCGGGAAUAGGACUGUGAUGUACGUGGGCCGGGGCUACACCGCCAGCCACCCACCCAUCUCUACCCGGCACCUUUCGUCACUGCCUGCGUUUUCCUAUGAGGAGACCGCCAAGCUGGCCGUAGCCGGGCGCCUGUCAGAGUAUGACCACAACUUCAUAACCGCUUUCACACGCCGCUCCUAUGUGUACUUCCUGUUCUACCGCCGAGACAUCAAGUCGGCAACAAGGGACUACCAGACUUAUGUCGCCAGGGUGUGCCUAGAAGACACCUCCUACUAUUCAUAUGUAGAAAUUCCCCUCGUCUGCCAAUCUCCGUUCUCUCCUUUCACAAUGUUUAAUGUGCUUCAGGCAGCCCAGGUGGGCAAAGGCGCGGGCCAACAAGGCGAAGAUCUGUUGGGCGUCUUCUCCACCCGUACUGGCUCAAUAAACACCCCACCUGAUCUCUCUGCGCUUUGCGUUUUCCCUCUGGACGAGGUCGACAGGCACAUCGACUCCACACGUGACCUCUGCUACACCCAAGAUGGGUUGGUUGAGAAUCAAGAUGAGGUGGCCUAUAUAGAGUAUGAGGUGAAGUCUAGCUGUGCCAACCUCCCUCCGAACACUCUGAAAGCGUACCCAUGCGGUUCUGACCACACCCCCAGCCCCAUGGCGAGCAAAGUGCCGGUGGAAGCUAAAGCCGUGUGGCAAACGUCAUCGGCCCGUCUCACCGCCGUGGCAGUCAGCGUCAGGGAGGGACACAGCAUCGCCUUUCUGGGAGACGCCAAAGGCAAUCUUCACAAGGUUUAUCUUGGCAGAGACGGGGCGGUGGAGGUAUAUGCAAACUCAACAAUACAACCCAACUCCCCCAUCAACAGUGACCUGUUACUUGAUGAUCGCGGCUCACAUAUCUACAUUAUGACCAAAACAACAGUAGAAAAGCGUCCGGUCGCAGAAUGCGGGGAUCACUUGGACUGUCAGUCAUGUCUGUCUGCCAGAGACCCGUACUGCGGCUGGUGUGUCCUUGAGGGACAGUGUGGCCAGCGGUGGGAGUGCCAGCGAGGCUCUCUGCAGGGCCAGUGGUUGUGGAGUUUCAAUCAGACACAGCAGUGCCUGGGCAUACAGCGCCUCAGCCUCUACAACAUCAGCCUUGGAGAGAAAGCAGAUAUUGCCCUGUCAGUGGAGGGUCUGCCCAGUCUCCAACAAGACGAGGCCUACUCCUGCUUCUUCCAGGACACAGAGAGUCCAGCUUUGCUCACCACUACCGGUGUCAUCUGCUCCACCCCAGGCGCCAGCAACUUGCCCCCCAUCGGUCUGGGAGAUGAGUUUGUGACGGUGACCUUGGCUCUGCGUUUCAUUAACGUGACGGUAGCUGAGACAGAAUUCACCUUCUACAACUGCAGCCUGGUGCAGGAGCUUUCUGGGCGCAGACCAUGCCAAGGGUGUGUCAGCAGCCGCUGGGGGUGCAAUUGGUGUAUCCAUGAGCAUGUCUGCACACACAAACACACCUGCAGUCAAGGAGUCACCAUCCACAACCAACGGUUAACGCCACAAUUACCCAGUGUCCCACCUCCAACCAGAACUCCUUCCCCAUCACCUCCUUCUGUUCCGACCGCUCCAGCAACAACAGCAACUACUUCUACACCAACAGCACAGCCGGCUCCCACAGAGACACCUGCCACCACCAAAGCAGCUGUCCCCACAGUGACCAUCACAGGCACCCCCCCAACCGGUCCUAAUCCUGAAACUAGCACAUCAGCUUCCCGCUCCACAACUUCCCCCUUUGUCAGGCUCUCCAUCCAGGCCAGAUCCACUCUUGCUGACAUCACUACCACAGAUGGGGCCCUCAGCAACACAGAGGGAGCCACAAAGGAAGCUGUCGGUUCUCUAAGUGGCUCUUUAGAGGAUGAAGACACCUUAAAUGUCACGGCUGAAGCAAGGCCCACAUCACCAAGCGGCACCAGUGUCCAAGCAGACCGUUCUGGUGUAGUUGUGACCACUUCCCCAGAGAUAAACUCUACUGCUUCCAGAGAAGCUGGCCCUUUAAUAGACCCCUCUAUCAGUCUGGCCACUACUGAGGGGAAUGUCUCGCCUCCGGGGCAGAGCAGCUGGGAAAAGCCUAAGAAAAGGACAGAGAUGGAUUCUGAAUUGACUCCAUCUCUCGCCCGUUCGCUUGUCCCGACGCAAUUACCUGAACCGGUUGUUGAUGUCACUACUGAUUCUCCAACAAAACUCCAGUCUGAUUCCUCUUCUGAAUCUUUUACUCCGGAAUGCCCGUGUGUGGAGAAAGUGCAGGAUUCCUCUCUGCUUCCCGUCAAUGUGGAGAGGAAGAUCACAUUGUUGGGCCAACACCUACACCUGUUUCAGGAUGAGGAUUUGGAGUACGAGUGUGUUUUGGAUGUGGAGAAUCAGUCAGUCGUUGUAGAGGCCUCUGUAGAGCCUGAUGCUGAUCGGCCAUCAGUCUUCUUCAUCACCUGUCAACCACACCAGUAUGUUUACUCCCUACUGAGGGAGGAAUACUUAGCGACAAUCAAUGUGAGGAGAAAAAACAACUUCCUCAUUGACAGCGCUGAGGAUCUGCAUGUCACCCUGUUCAACUGUUCAGUGGGCCGGUCCGACUGCAGCCGUUGUCGAACGGCUGACCCGAAGUACGGCUGUGUUUGGUGCGGCGGAGAUGCCAGCUCCAGCUGUGUGUAUCGAGACUCUUGCUCUGAUGCGAUCGAACACACAUGCCCUGCACCCGUCAUUCACCACUUAGAUCCUGAAUCCGGUCCAACCGAGGGAGGCACAGUUGUAACCAUUUCCGGCUCUAAUCUCGGUCAAAGGGCAGAAGACAUCCAGAGCUCAGUCACAGUGGCCGGAGUGCCGUGCAUCGUCAUCCAGAGCAGAUACGAAGUCUCAUCUAGGAUAGUGUGUGAGACUACAAGCAGUGGACGGGAGAUGAGGGGCCACGCCUCAGUCAGUGUAAGAGGAGGAGGACACGGGAUUUCUGCUCAUACAUUCAGUUUUCAGAAUCCUGUACUCAGCAGCAUUUCUCCUUUAAGAGGGCCCAAAGCCGGGGGAUCGUCCCUCACUAUCAAAGGUCGGAGACUGAGGACCGGGCAUCCACGUGAGGUCGGAGUCCUGAUUGGAGGAGUUCCCUGCAUGGUGAUCGACAUCCAGGAGGAUCAGAUCAAGUGUUUGACCAGAGGCAGCAACCGAACGGGAGAGCACGGCAUCACGGUUCGCUUUGGUGGAGCAGAGCGCCAUCUGCAGGGUUCCAUGUAUCAUUACACCCCUAACCCCAACAUCACAAGAGCAGCGCCGUCCAAAAGCUUCCUUGGCGGAGGGAGGAUCAUCAGAGUCGACGGCCACAACCUGGAUUUGGUCCAGGAGCCAAAAAUGAGAGUGACCCUCAGUCCGCCCGAUGCUCUGCCUCCGAGACGGAGAAGGAGCGUCGGAAAGAAGAUUAAAGUCCACCUCAACAGAGGACAGACCCAACGGGGUCCACUGAGGAGAUGGAGGAGGAUUGUUCCAGAAGCAAACUGCCCCGAUGGAACGCUCUGCCACGUAAAACAUCACGAAUCCCACUGCAAGGUGCACAACGCAACUCUCAUCUUGUGUCCGACUCCUGCUGUGGGUCCAGAGGCCACAGAGGCCAGGGUCAAAGUUCACUUCCUUUUGGACAGCCUCCAUUUUGACUUCAGCACUGUGGGUGGCGAAUCGUUCAGCUACGAACCCAACCCCAAGCUGUUCAAGUUGAACAGGAAUGACGCUAGCAAGCCGUUCCACCAUAAACCCGGCAGCGUCAUCUCCGUCGAGGGAGAAAACCUGGAUCUGGCCAUGUACAAGCAGGAGGUGGAGGCCUGGAUUGGAGGGGAGUUGUGUGUGAUGAAGACUCUGUCACACAAUCACCUGUACUGUGAACCACCAUCUACUCAGCCCUCCAUCACAGCCAAUCGGAAGCAGGACGGCCUGGAGAGUCUGCCUGAGUUCAUUGUGAAAAUGGGAAAUCUGAACUUCCCCCUGGGAAGAGUGAAAUACGACAUCCAGGCCCAGUCUACAUUUCCUCUGGAGGCUCAGGUGGGGGUCGGGGUGGGAGCCUCCAUCGUGGCUCUUAUUGUGGUCAUCAUAGUGCUGAUAUACAGGAGGAAGAGCAAGCAGGCCAUGAGAGACUACAAAAAGGUCCAGAUCCAGCUGGAGAACCUGGAGACCAGUGUCAGGGACCGCUGCAAGAAGGAGUUCACAGACCUGAUGACGGAGAUGAUGGACAUGUCCAGUGAUUUGGUGGGCUCAGGGAUUCCCUUCCUCGACUACCGGGCGUACGCAGAGCGCAUUUUCUUCCCAGGCCACCAGGAGUCGCCCCUGAGGCGAGAUCUGGACGUUCCGGAGAGCCGGAGACAGACGGUGGAGCAGGGCCUGGUUCAGCUGUCCAACCUGCUCAACAGCAAACUGUUCCUCACCAAGUUUAUUCACACUCUAGAGGUCCAGCGGACAUUUUCCCCCAGAGACCGGGCCUAUGUGGCCUCUCUGCUGACGGUGGCGCUGCACGGUAAACUGGAGUACUUCACGGAUAUCCUGAAAACGCUGCUGAACGACCUGGUGGAGCAAUAUGUGGCCAAAAAUCCCAAACUCAUGCUCAGAAGAACAGAAUCAGUGGUGGAGAAGCUGCUGACAAACUGGAUGUCCAUCUGUCUCUACACCUUUCUGAGGGAAUCAGCGGGGGAAUCGUUUUACAUGCUGUUCAGAGCGAUAAAACACCAGGUGGACAAAGGACCUGUGGACGCCGUGACAGGAAAAGCCAAAUAUACGCUCAAUGACAACCGGCUGCUACGGGAGGACGUGGAGUACCGCACGCUGACUCUGAACGUUGCGAUGCCGGCCACAGCCACCGGUGGAGCCACUACCAAUCAGACGGUUCCGGCAAAAGUUCUGGACUGUGACACCAUCACCCAGGUGAAGGAGAAGGUUCUGGAGCAGUCCUGGAAAGGAAUGUCGUUUUCACAGAGGCCACACAUCGACUCACUGCAUCUUGAGUGGCGGGCCGGGGUCGCAGGUCACCUCAUCCUGUCAGAUGAAGACCUGACAUCAGUAGUUCAAGGCUCCUGGAAGCGCCUCAACACAUUACAGCACUACAAGGUCCCUGACGGAGCAACCGUGGCCCUCGUUCCCAGGAACAACAAGCAUCACCUGCAUGACAGCCACGACUACAUGCCUGGAGAAAAGACCCCUAUGUUGGACGAUGGGGAGGAGGGCGGGGUGAGGCUCUGGCACCUGGUGAAAGCCAGCGACGAAUCAGAGCUGCCGAAGCACCGGCGGGGCAGCGUGCGGGAGAAAGGAGGGGAACGAGCCAAGGCCAUUCCUGAGAUCUACCUCACACGGCUGCUGUCCAUGAAGGGCACUCUGCAGAAGUUUGUGGAUGAUUUAUUCACUGCCAUCCUGAGCACCAGCCGCCCCGUGCCUCUGGCUGUCAAGUACUUUUUUGACCUGCUGGACGAGCAGGCUCUGCAGCACAACAUCACAGACCCAGAGACCAUCCACAUCUGGAAAACUAACAGUUUACCGCUGCGGUUCUGGAUCAAUAUUCUGAAGAACCCCCAGUUCAUCUUUGACGUGCAGACCUCGGAUCAUGUGGAUGCCGUUCUGUCUGUCAUCGCUCAGACCUUCAUGGAUUCCUGCACCAUCGCUGAUCACAAGCUGGGGAGGGAUUCUCCGAUCAACAAGUUGCUGUAUGCCAGAGACAUCCCACGUUACAAACAGAUGGUGGAGAGAUACUAUGCUGACAUCAAACAGACCAUCUCUGCCAGUGACCAGGAGAUGAACUCGGCUCUUGCAGAACUCUCCCGUAAUUAUGCUGCAGAGGUCAACUGCCAUGUGGCUUUACAUGAGCUGUACAAGUACAUCAACAAAUACUACGAUCAAAUUAUCACAGCUUUGGAAGAGGAUGCUACAGCUCAAAAGAUGCAGCUCGGUUACAGACUCCAACAGAUCGCUGCUGCCGUUGAAAACAAGACCACAUCGGCCAAAUCGUCGAGCUCCUCGCCAGAAUUCCUCCAGAUGUUGUCCAGUCAGACAGACAUCAGCUCAAUACUUCGACCAAAGAGGUGAUCUCCAUCAUGUUGGUCCGCUGAGGCCGAGGAGACUUUAUGACGUUCUGGUGGAGAAAUAUAACUUUCUGCUAGAGGAAGCCUCUGAAUUCUCAAACUUCCUUCUCCGUGUGCUGGAUUAUCACUCAGAGAGAAGGGCAACUGCUGCACAUUGCCGU